AUGACGCGGGGCACAUCAUUAGCACUCUGGACCACCAUAUGUCUACUGCUGCUGCUGCCGUCAUGGAUCGUAGCCGUGCGGGCUAUGCGCCCGGAUCGAGUAGCACAGUUAAGGCAGGAGACGGUUGACAUGUUCUACCACGGCUUUGACAACUACAUGAGUAUUGCUUUUCCAGAAGACGAGCUGCGGCCAGUUUCUUGUACACCUUUGACUCGCGAUCGUCUGAACCCUCGACAUAUUGAGCUUAACGACGUCCUCGGAAACUACUCCUUGACCUUGAUAGACAGCUUGUCGACCCUUGCGAUACUCGCCUCCGCCCCUCCAGAUGACAAGCAGACCGGGCCCAAAGCUCUGGACGAUUUUCAGAAAGGCGUUGCAGCAUUGGUGGAACAGUAUGGAGAUGGACGGCCGGGUCCCUCGGGGCAAGGUGUGCGCGAAAGGGGCUUCAAUGUCGACAGCAAGGUUCAGGUCUUUGAGACCGUUAUCAGGGGCGUUGGUGGUCUGUUGAGUGCACAUUUGUUUGCCGUAGGAGACUUGCCAAUCUCUGGAUACAACCCAGGUCGAACCAAUGAUGACGUGGAACACCAUCCGAUUGUCUGGCCAAAUGGAUUCAAGUACGAUGGCCAGCUACUUCGACUUGCCUUUGAUUUGGCGCAACGAUUGCUCCCUGCAUUUUAUACACAGACUGGCAUGCCAUACCCGCGGGUGAAUCUGAGGCAUGGAAUUCCAUUCUACGUUAACUCUCCGCUCCAUGAGAACAUUAGUCUGGACCCUGAUGGCACCCAGGAGCCCCCAGAGAUUACAGAGACAUGUACAGCUGGAGCGGGAAGCUUGGUACUCGAGUUUACUGUUCUUAGUCGCCUGACGGGUGACCCAAGAUUUGAGCAAGCUGCCAAAAGAGCUUUCUGGUCCGUCUGGUCAAGAAGGAGCGAUAUUGGCCUCUUGGGCGCGGGCGUAGAUGCUGAAGGUGGUCAUUGGAUAGGGGGUUUCUCUGGAAUUGGUGCCGGCAUCGAUAGCUUCUUCGAGUAUGCUUUGAAGACACAUAUCUUGCUGUCCGGGCACGACCUACCAAACCGCACGAUGCCUACACACAUUCCCUUCGGAAGUUCGCUCGACCCCAAUUCUAUUUAUACGCCAUUAUCCGAUGAAGACAACUCACCAGAUGCGUUUCUGGGGGCGUGGCACCACGCUCAUGCUGCCAUUAAAAGGCAUUUGUACUCCGAGGUACACCAUCCGCACUAUAUUAAUGUUCACGUUUCCACUGGCUCGCCUCAGGCGUAUUGGAUUGAUAGCCUGGGCGCAUACUAUUCUGGUCUUUUGGCUAUCGCGGGUGAGCUUGACGAGGCCAUUGAGACACAUCUCCUAUAUACGGCCUUGUGGACUCGGUAUUCGGCCCUGCCGGAACGAUGGUCUGUCCGAGACGGUAAUGUAGAAGGCGGUCUCGGCUGGUGGCCUGGCCGACCCGAGUUCAUCGAGUCGACUUAUCACAUCUACCGUGCGACCAAGGAUCCAUGGUAUCUCUAUGCUGGAGAAAUGGUUUUGAGAGACAUAAUUCGGCGCUGUUGGACCAAGUGCGGCUGGUCUGGACUGCAAGAUGUACGAACCGGAGAAAAGAGCGAUCGCAUGGAGAGUUUCUUCCUCGGAGAGACCGCUAAAUACCUGUAUCUUCUCUUUGAUCCUGAUCAUCCAUUGAACAAGCUAGACGCUCCAUAUGUUUUCACCACCGAGGGCCAUCCACUCAUCAUUCCACGGGAAAGUGGCCAGUACCGGAGACGCCAGUCAAGUCCUGCCGAGAGCGGAGUCCAAAGCUACGUAGCGAGCGACUUCACUUUGUCUUGCCCCGUACCACCAAGUCUUCCGCCGCUCACUGGAUCAGCAACAGCAGCAAGGUCUGAUCUAUACCAUGCUUCAAGUUUGAUCCGUUUGCACCACGUGCCCAACAUACAUGGCAUCUCAAGUUCGAAGCCCCAGUUUGGGAGUGAUGACAGUACAUCAACCGAAGCUCCAAAGCCAAGGAGCAACCAUACACAUUUCCCGUGGACACUUCCUGAGGCAAUGCUGCCAAGCGAUGGGAUCUGUGCAGCUAUUCGCCAACAACAUACAUCGACCAUUGAAUUCCCUUCAAAUACUCAGCAAGUCGUUGGAAGUGCAUUCAAUCUCAUGUUUGGCGGGCACAAUUUGGUCCGGACAGGCGAGGGCAUAGCUAUCAAUAGCCUUAAUGGCUUGAAGCUAACAAUGGUGCAAGAAGAACCACCGGACGCGAGCCAUCGCAUUUGGAGGGUGCAAAGCAUUGGCAACCUACCGCUGGGUCGGGAUGAAAAGGUCUUGAUCAGCCGUGAUGUUCUUACUGGAAUGUCCGAUCCUCUAUUCCACCGCAUCAGGGAUGCCGUGGUGGUUGAUCUGCUUCUACAGACCCAGGUCCUUCCAGAGAAGAAUGACACUGAAAUGAAUGACUUGCAAGAUAUGGCACAUCCUCAGACAUCACAGUCAUCAGUCGAUGUCAAAUCUGUCGGAGCUCCGAAUAUCUUCAGCUCUUUCUUGUCACAGAUCACCUCCGUGUUGAGAGAUCCCGUCGCCACCUAUGGCCCCAUACCAGCACCAAAACCAGAAUAUCGAUAUGCGGAAUUGCCAGCCAUAACACCUGUGGGCCUUGGGGCCGCCCCGUUACCUGAUGUCGCUGAAGCCCCCAACCCGCUGCUUGGCAUCCAAAUUGACUCACUCUCCUGGUCCAAAAUCUAUUUUGCAGGCCAGGCGUGCCAAGGUAAGCUGCCCGACAAGGCAGCCAAGAGUCACCAUGUCAUUGUGAUGCGGCGUGGCGGUUGUUCAUUCUCGGAGAAGCUGGCGAACAUACCCUCCUUUGCACCCAAUCGAAACGCACUGCAGCUGGUCGUUGUUGUGUCUGACGACGAAGAGGGCAAUGAUGAUGGCGAGUACGAUGUAUGGAGUACGAAUUUCAUCCGCCCGUUGCUCGACGAAACGCAGCGGACGCCAUCAGGCAUUGCGAGACACCAUCCGAUUGCCAUGGUAAUGGUAGGAGGCGGUGAGCAUACGUAUGAGGCAUUGUCGAACGUGAAAAGUAUUGGGCUGCGCAGGAGAUACCAUGUCGAAAGCCAGGGCCUGGAAGUAGGCAACCUGAUUGUUUUAUAG